AUGCCGCGGUCGUCCUCAGCACUCCGCUCUCUUCAGUCAAAGAGCAAUCUACUGCGCGUACCAAGCGAGUCGACAGGCGAACCUCGGCUCCUCGAGAAUCCAUAUCAACGUGUCGAAGACAUCAAGUGCGCUGUUACUUACCUAUCCCUGCUCCCGGAGGUUGACGAAUCAAACAUCGGGGCCCUGGGGAUCUACGGGAGUGGCGGCUAUGUCCCGUUUGCGGCGCAGACUGACACGCGCAUCAGAGCCGCAGCAACUGUAAGCGGCGUGUGCGUGAGACGAUUGACGCGGGGCGGCAUCUUGAAGCCUGUUGAUCCAAGUGCUCUCCAAACAGGCCUCGAUAUGGCAGGCAAGUUGCGUAUCGAAGAGAUGCAAGGUGCCAAAGGGCAGAUCAUGCCUAUUCUGCUCGACAAUCCCGAAGACGUCCCUGAUUUGCAAGAUUUUAUGUGGAAGGACACCGCAAGGUAUUACAAAAGCGAGCAUGAUUCGUUGAGAUUCAGCCAGGAGGCCAUAGCUUUGGCGAAAGAGCCGAAAGAGCUGUAUGCGACUCCGGGUAAGACGCAUGCGGAACUAGACGAUGAGGUGGAGGACAAUAUGCUCGUGGUGAACUUUUUGCAUAGCGUCACCAAUUACUACUACGCCAUAUAUCCACCACAAUUUCUUGAAGAAUAUUUCCGAUGGUGGACAGGCAGGGCCAGCAACCAGAACCCUUCUCUGGAGUUCACCUGCCUCCUAUUCGAGCGCUGCCACCAUACUGCCGAACGGCUGAGUCAUACAUUAGGUCCAGGUGUUGGCGGCUUGAUACAGGUCCAACAGCUUUUUCUUACUGCAUGUUGGUUCAAGUCUGAAGCUCGCUUUGUUGAGUCGUGGCACUCCUUGAGCUCCGCCAUCCGCGAGGCACCAGAAUUAGGUAUGCAUAAUGAUUCCAUCUCCAGAGGAUUGACCGAGUUCGACCUUGAAAUGAGGAGGCGGGUCUGCUGUUCCUUUGAAUUGCCCAAUUGUCGACUCGAAGAAUCAAAUUCUCAACGAGGCUUGGUUUCGCCAUUCACGCACGUGAAACUCUACUGUCAGAUUGCCCGAGAGUUGUCUGGGAAGUUCGGAAAGGUCAAUGGUGAUCCAGGACAAAUCUUGGAGGAGCAGAAGGAGAUUGAGGCUUGGAUGAAUUCCUUUCCUCCUGUCCCCGGCAUCACUAUACCCGACACAUCGUGGGGCAUGGCAUUUCCUCACCUCGCUUUGCAGCGUCAUCAACUGCACGCGCUGGCGUUCAUGACCCUUUCGGGUCCUCUCAAACCAUACCUCACCAAAAGCCUUCCUCGAACAGAAGUCCCAAAUACGGAAGCCAAACUACCAGCCAUUGGUGUUGACUGCUGCUUGAAGCUCCUGGACUCUGCGCAGAGGCUUUUCGAUCUGCUUUUUCCGACGGGCGCGAAAAAUUUCCUCCUAAGACGGAAACAUCUGCCGACUUCCUCCACGAGACAAAAUCUUCGAAGCAAUCAAGUUUGCUCUAGGAAGGUUGAAACAGCUCAGUUAUGCAUCAAGUGCCUGUACUUUAUCACACGACAUCCUUCAUCCUACACAACGGCAAAUGAUUCCGUCAGUAACCACUCCGAAGUCCGGAUCGAGCAUGGAAAUGUCAUUCGCAGGCGACGGAAUCUUGAUCGUUUCCACGAUCUCAAGAGUGUGGAAACGGGCUCAGUUGGUUAUUCAUCGCAAAGAUCGCAGAGCAGGGACGGAUUAUCAUCCUCCGGAAGGGGCAGUCUCCCAGGUCUUCUUAGCGUCGAGCUUGGUCAACUAGGAGAGAUCGGGAACUGGGAUAUGCUCAACCUCGAUCCGGAUUAA